UGGCUAGUGCUUUCGCCUGCAACUAUACCCUAUAAUUAUAUGCCAGCAGUGGGUGACUUCCUUCUCUACGCAGUGAAAAACUACCACACGUUGAUAACCUACGCGUUCUGGGGAUCCUUGUUGAUUCACGUAGUAGAAGCCUUCUACUGCAUUAGCUUAUGCGAAGCUAAAGGAAUCACCGACUCAUCUGCUCAGUUUCAAUGGUUCAUUCAGACCCUUUUAUUUGGAUACGCUUCCUUUGGCAUUCUGGUGUGUUACCAACCUCCAGCCAAGAAGUACUACUAG